AUGAUACUAUAAUUCAAAUGUGAAAGAUUGCAUUAUCUUCUUAACACUCAUUAUGUUGUCAAUGUGUAUAAAGAUAAACUAACAAUUGGCAAGAAUGUAUGAGUUAAUUCCUAUACAUUUAUAAGGACCCUCCAAAGUAUGAGUACUAAUUUACAUUAUAAAAUGUUUUACAUUGGUAUGUAGAUGGACUCAAACUCCAGGCCUUCGGUAUCUAGCACAAUAAUGCUAUCAAGUUUUUUAGAGCCAAUCACAAAGAUCUAGAAUAGUUGAGAAUUUUCUGUAGAAACCUCAUCUGCUUCGAUAAUCUUGGAGAAUUGUAUAAGCAAAUUGAUGUGGAGGAUUCUUCCAAAGUAUUGGAUUAAUUUUCUCAUCAAACUUAUACAUUGAAAUGCUUAAACUCUGUCUAGUUACAAGGUCAAGUGUCACUGCUCAGGUCGUUGAAUCAUCCAAACAUUCUUUCAAUUAGAGAGUGCUUCCAACAUAACAAUCAACAUUACGCUGUCACUGAAUUCCUUGGUGGAAUAAGCUUGGAGAAUUAUAUUGCCAAAAAUCCGACACUUAGUCACCUACAAUGCCAAUCAAUAAUUACAGUAAGUCUUAAAGUCUGACCCAAGCAACUCCUGAAGGCACUCAAAUACUUACAUGACCACCACAUAAUUCAUGCGACCAUAUAAGCUAAAUUUCUUUUAUAUAAAUCAGAUUUGAUCAAAAUUAUAGAUUUUUCCAAUUCAAUCCAAUCCUAUAAAGUCGAUACUCAAGAUAUCAAAAACUGCGGAUCAAUUUUAUUUUAACUGUAUCAUAUAAUAUGUAAUAGUAAAUUGUAGAUAUACAUCAAAACUUUAUAACAAUUACGAUUUUAAUACAGUAGCUAAUAUGCUUUAGGCUAACACAACCCCAAAUCAAGCUUAGGAUCUCAUCUUGAGAAUGCUAUUUGAUUAGCAGUUCACUGUUUACCAAUCUUUGGAACACCCCUACUUUUCAAAGAAUUUAAAUUCUUAAGAAAAAAAGUAAAGAUUCCAAAAUUUCCAGAGAGUCCAAAGAUCAACAUCAGAAAUGGAUGAAUCGGAGGCUGUUUCACAAUACAUCCCAGAAUUGCAAACUAAUAAAAGCAAAUCACUAAGACAACUAUUAUGA